UUUAAAUUUCAAGGCUUUGGAAUUGAUUUCUUAAAAUGUGUUUCUUCUUCAUUUCUUAUGUAUUUCACUAUGAACGGAGUACAAUUUGAUGAACAAAAGAUGUGUCGGGAUUUUAUUUUGGAUUUAUUUUUCUGUUUUUUCUUUGUUUAUAUUGCAGACGACCCCUGUACUCUGCAUUUGACAGCCACCCGCUGUCAAACAUUUAAAUCCCACCAAUUUUUGAAAACACACAACUUUGCGCGCUUGACCGCUACCGGUCGUGAAGGCGGUCGUGAAUAUUCCCGUUCAUCCCCAAAACCCAACCAACGCCCACAUGAACGAAGCAUACUCACAGGCCAAACGGCGCCGGCACGCUCAACCCGGCAACGAGCGUGGCCAAAAUGAGCAGGAAGAGGACGAUUUCUUUGGCAGCCAGUUUUCGGUACCGGCUUCGCAGGCCGCCAGCCAGCGUCGAUAUUUGUCCCAGCGCAGCAACCUGCAGCGGUCGCAGGUGGUUAAACCCGGACGCAAACCACCGACAAACUACUACGAAAGUGUCCUGUUUAUGGCCGGGCUCAGUUUGGACGAGCCGGGCGGUGUCGUGGUGCUGAAGUGUGAACCGAUCGUGUUCAUGCACAAGCUGAAGAGUGUCCUGCGCACGAAUGCCGACUAUCCGACGAACGUGGACCGGUUUUUGGCCGGCAUCGAGGUAACCAUGAAGGAUCGAACCAGUUUUCUGAAGCUGCUCGAAUGUUGCCAGGUGGUGCCGAGCGCGGCCACGGUGCAUGAGGACGCACUGCAACCCGUCCGUAAGCCCGUGCAGGAGAGUUUGAUGAAGAUGUUUCUGCUGGUGGACUUUCUGCAGCUGAAGCUGAUCGAACUGCUGUUCGGGUACCUGAUGCAGGAGCUCGGUACCGUUGCUUCCCCGGACGGAGGACUGAUGGUUGAAGAUUCGAUCGUCGGCUUUGUGCUGUCCCAGCUGAAAUUUAUAGACCACGUCCAGAACGGUGAGCUAGUGUUCGAGAAGGUGUUCGAGCUGCUGGCGAAAGCGAACCGCAACCAGGUGGUGUUCGACGAGAUCAUCUUCAGCCUGGAGGAUGUGAUCGACGUGUCGAAGCACGAUGACGCGCUUGCCCGGCUGGUAAAGUUGCGACCCCGUCCACAGGAUCUGAUCACACCCAGCACCGUGGAGGUGUUUACCGGUAUGUGCCUGAGCGUGCAAACGCUCGAGUUGCUCCGGCGCAAGGUGGUACAGUAUGUGGCGGACGGCUGCCCACUCCGGUACUAUCCAGCGUUGGUGAAGAUGCUGCUCAAGUUUAAUCGUACCGAGCCGCCGGAAAACAUUGCCGCAAUCGUACGGGAAGUUCGUCGGCUGCUCGACACCAGCGCGCACGGCGAUACCUGGACGGCAACCGCUUCCACUGCGGACGACUGUGCGGAGCAGGUGCUGCGUACGAUCUAUCAAGCAAUAUCGGCUUCGGCGCUGCUGUACGAUGCCUGGAUCACCGUCAUUCGGCAGCUGCCGAGCGCCGAGGACCAUCUGCCCGUCGAUCUGCUGCUGCUCACCAUCGCCACCACGAUCAACGAGGUAAAGGCACCCCGCAUACGCAAGCUGACGAUCAAAAAGAUCGAGCAACAGUGCUUUACCGACGCGCACACGGACCUGCUGGUCGGUGGCUGCUUUCACCGCGUGCUGCAAACCCAUCUCGACGGCUUUCUGCAGCUGAUCGAGUGCUGCACGCGCGAAAAGCACGAGCGUGUGUGUGAGUUUGGUGUGGCCGCGAUGAGCGCACUGUUUGCGCUCGAUCAGUCCGUCAUUGCCACCGACAAUCGGGUCGUGCUGAGCAAGAUCGUUGGGUUCAUCUGCGAAAUGGCGUCGGCGAAUGUGGCGAGCCGGAACGAUUUCCUCAUCGGCCGAUGCAUUGGAGCGUUGCGCAAGCUCCACGACUCGCACCCGAAAGAGAUCGAACGCAGUGCGGAACUGCUGCUCCGCAUACUGGACAUCGCACCGGAACUGACGCUGAAACAGUACCGUCCGCUGAUCGGCGUGAUUUAUGCGGCCGCCAUUCCCUCCCGCCGGAACGACGAUGAUACGGAGCUGACCGCGAUCCGGGACAACCUGGAGAUCAUCGUCAAGAAGCAGCUGAUGUGCGACAACAAGGACACCAAGCGGAAGGGCAUCAUCGGGUUGGUGCAGAUGGUGUACUAUCUCUCGCUCGUACCCACCCCCACCGACGAUGCACCCGAGCUUAGCGCGAGCUUCGAUUCCGAGCGUACGAUCGGAACGGUCAGCGACAUUCCCAGCGUAACCGGCCGCAACCUGGCCAAUCUUGUCAGCACACUCUUCCUGUCCACCAACCAGUCGCCGGAUUUGCUCGCCAUAUGUUACGAUGAGUUGGCGAGCAUGUUGGCCCAGGCCCGCCCCCGGUCGGCGCCCGCCUGGGAGAAAACGUUCAUCAUAUGGUUGUGCGAUACGAUCACGAUGGAUUUUCAGGGCACGUUUCUGGUGGAAAACGAAACGCCCCUCCCGUCGCGGGAUGCAACCGGACCGGCCGGCAUUCUGCUUGCACGCAAACUGUGCAUCAACGAGGCGGACGAGGAGGAACCGGUCAAUACGGAGGCGGCUUCGAUCGCGGUGAACGUUGGUGGGGCGGUGCUGGUGCAUGGUGGCGGCAGUCGCCAUACAGCCAUCGGCUAUCUGGCACCGAUUUUUAGACUAAUGCGUACACUGCACUACGUACGGUAUGGUGGGGCGCUCGAGUCGAUCAAUGCGCUGCUGGGUUGUACGCUCGUCGUACCCGACUUCUACGGCGUUAACGAGGAGGAAGAACGGCGCUUUUCGAUCGAUCUGUACGACGAAGCGUCGUGUACGCUGCUGCUCGACAUCUACUUCUAUCUGGCCAACUGGUUCCGGGAGUGUGUGAGCGCGUUCGUAGGCCAGGAAGACGCCGCGAUGCGACGGAAGGUGCUCGAACGUCUGCAUGAGCUCGUAACGCUGGAACAUCGGCUCGGACGCAUGCUGGAACGAAUGGUCGCGGACGGCGAGUACAUUCCACCGCUCGCAUCCGACUUUAUGGAUCCACCGGCUGGCGCGUCGAAGAAACUAAAGCUGGCGGAAGCCCAGCGAGCCGGUCGUCCGCGGGCGGGAGCACACGAUAAGACGGUCAAUCUCGAUGCACCACUCAGCACGCAAACGGCAGCCGCAACUGCACCCUCCACGGUGGGACAGUUUAAUGAGCAAAGUUUGCUGCUGCGCUGUGCCUUUGCCCUUCGCCGGAUGGAUCCGGAGCUGGUGCGGCUGUUCGCCGUGCCGCUGGUACCGGCCCGCGUGCUUGAACUGCCGGCACAGCGCGGUACGUGUCUCGCGCUGCCCGAGUACCGUUUCGUGCUGGAAAAUGUGACCGUUGCGCUGGAACAGUCGAGCGAAGCGGAGGGUCGCUACCGGCGGUGUAUGGUGGACCGUUGGCAAGAGUUCGCCGAGCGGACGGGUGUUCUGCAGCAGCGUCUGCAGGAAGCAACGCACCGUUUGCAACCCGCUUCCGUUCAGGAGCUGCUUCCGCUGAAGUCCUGCUACCUCUGGAGUCUUCGGCUGGCAACGGCAAUGCUGACGUGGAAACGGUUCCGCGAGCAGCGUGGCCGAGCCGAGCUGGUGCGGGUGUUGCGACUGCUGGUGGAGAAGCUUACCGACCCGGCCGAACCCACUGCGGACGAUUUGCAUCUGACGGAGCUGGCAAAGCUCCUGCUGAAAGGGCUCGUCGUGCAGGAAGCGUGCUUCGGUGAUCUUUCGAUCGCAGCCCAGCUAUAUCGACUGGCACGCGCGGUCGGUGAGAGUGUCGGUGAUCGGACCACUGCCUCCCGCUCUAUAGCUCGGUUUACGCGUAGCAUUCUCACCGCACCGGACAUCCGUUCAGCGGACAGCAGAGCGAACCAGCACUUCACAACCAUCCUGGAUGGGUUGAUCGAGACGGUCGGGUUGAAGCCACUCAAGCAGCUUAUCGUUGAUAUGCGGCAGGAUGUAAGCAUCGACGAUAGGAUCACCAACGCUAAGUCGGGUGGCAAAUCGAAAGGGAGUAAAGAAUCGUCCCCAGCUACCACCACCGUCCGCACGUUUGCCUCCUUCAAGCGACCACACUACGCCCUACUGUUCAAGGGCUUGUGCCGAGCGUUUCUGCGCGUGCUGCAGGACGAAAUACGUGCCCGGGCUGGUGCGGGUGGCGGUCCGAACCGUCGGCUCGAGCUGUGGGAAACGGCAUGCGAAGCGACGGGCGAACUAACCAACAUCGUUAAGCGUGCGCAGCACGCAGGCAACUUCGGCAUCUACCUCCGUUUCGCGCAGAUCUUUAUCAAGCUGUUUCUCAAGAGUGGUCUGCCCGCGCUCGAAACCGUACUGCGCUCGUCCGCGGAGCGUGCGUCCAAUCUGCUGUCGACACUGCAAACCACCACCCGCUAUCUGCACAACGUAUGCUGCCAGACGAAGGUGGCCAAGGGGACCGGCUCAUCUGCCGGUGCACUCGCCCAGAUUCCUUUCGUGCGGGAGUCGGUCGAGACGCUGGUGUAUCGCGUAAAGGCCGCCCUGGUGGCGAACCGCUGCUCUGCCGUCUUCUGGAUGGGCAAUCUGAAGAACAAGGAUAUGCAGGGUGAUCUGAUCGCUUCCCAGCUGCCUGCACCCGAAUCGGACGAGGGGGAGGAAGAGGACGGGACGAAUGAUGCGUUGCAGGACGCAUCCGACAUUGCGGACGAUCUGAGCGAUGAUGGUGGCGAGAGUGGUGCACCGGUUGCUGGGACAUCGGCAACGACGCGCCCCAACCGAGGGGCAGCUAGCGUAACGAAAUCGUCUCAGAGUAAGUGCUUCUGAGCUCUGAACUACCUGAUAUUUACUAAGACAAAUAAAUAAACUGGGGAAAGCA